AAGAACAAACUGACCAAUCAUGUGGCAGUGACGCCACCGAACGUUUGCUUGGAUUUUGCAGAAUGUUUGAAAGCAGGACGCUUCUUAAAACUAGAUGUAAAUCUUUACCUUUCCGUUUCAACAGCAACGAAGACACCAUUUUUUACUUUUUAAAACUGGUUUCUCUAAGCAGUAUAAAAACAGGGAGAGAAAAUGUCACAGCAGGAAGAGAAAUAAACUAGCAUUUUUAUUUAGCAACCGUAGAAGUUAACCGAGUACCAGACACGGUUUGAGUGUUGUUGCUUUUGUUACGAAGCGACGCAUGUAUUGGCUACCAAGAUGGAGGUGGCUGUUAAAGGGAGAGCCAAAAGGAAGCACCUGAAUGCGCAGGAAUGUGACGAACUGCAGCGCAGCGAAGACGGCACAGACGCUCUGACCAGACGCAACGCAGCGCGGGGCAGGCGAGACCCCAACUGGGGCCUUUACCCCAGAACCCCCACAAAGCAACGGCGGAAAGGUCCGUUUGUUUUAGGAAGUCCAUCUGGGCAGCAGAAGGCUAUUCAUGACUUUUUCUCGGUAACAAAAGUUAUCAGCUCCAGUCCACACAAAUCCUCCGCCAUGCCCUCCACAUCAGCGCACAGAGCGGGGCCGGGGGUCGUAUUCGAGGAUGACGAGGAGGAGGAGGACGAUGACGUUAGCUUGUUGGCCACCCCGACUGGAGCCGAGGUCAUCGCCGAGGACGAGAUUGACGACGACAGUCUGUUAGCUGCUGAAAUGUUGCCAGAGAAGGUUUCCUCCGCCGAGGCCCGUCUGCUAGAGGCGGACUAUCUGGAGGGAAUGACGGCGGAGAUGUUCGGAGACGACGAGGACUUUGACGACUUCGAGGAGGAGGAAGGGGAGGUGGAGCCUCUUCCUGACGUCCACUUUGGACUCCUGAGCAGCGACAAGGUUCUGCUGCGCCCGCAGGGCUGCGUGGACGACCUCCCGGAGGAGGUGCUGAGGGAGGUGCUGUGUCUGGUUCCCGCCGCCGACCUUUAUCGCAACGUCUGCCUGGUGUGCCAUCGCUGGAGGAACAUCGUUCUGGACCCGAAGUUUGUGCCUUUCAAGAAGCAAUACUUCCGCUACAUGAUGAAAGAGAAGGAGACGGUGCUGGAGGUCUGCUCCACUCUGAAAAACAGUAACAUCACCUGCCCUGCACCUUCAGAGCACAGCAUCCGAAACCUCGUGGUGCUAAUGGCUCAGCAUAAAGUCGGCGAGCGCGUGAAGCCAGACGACGUCCUGAGCUGCGUGAAGAAACACCGGCUCUUCCCUCAGGCCGAAGCCACCAUCAGGCUUCGCAUUCCUGACAUCCAGAAGUUUCUCCCCCUUGGCAUUGAGGGUCCCAACCCGUACGCAGCCAUGGCGGUCAUAUUGGUCCUGAGUGAGAGCGUGGGCGACGUGCAGGCCUUGGUCUCUCUGCUCUCCCGCUGCAUGUCGCUGACCACCAUCACAGAGUAUCUGAGCCACAUGGCCAUGAUGCUGCUCGCUUUGGAGAGGAACAAAAUCAAGAUUAGCUACAGGUUACACUACAACAUCUACUACGUUCUUUACUUGCUGGAAAACGGUCCAUUUUCUACCAAUUCUAACCAGAACGGACUCCCUCAGAUUCAUCUCACGAGAGAACAGCAGGAGAUCCUGAGCCACGACGUCCAGGACGACCACGUGGUCAAGAUAGUAGCGUUUGCAGGCACGGGGAAGACGACCACGUUGGUGAGAUACGCCGCUCAGCGUCCGCACCUCCGCUUCCUCUACGUGGCGUUUAACAACUCGGUGGCCUCCGAGGCCCGACGGCGCUUCCCUCCCAACGUGGACUGCAAGACGGCCCACUCCUUGGCCUACAGCGACGUCGGGAGGAGAUAUAAAACUCACGAGAAGCUCACCUUCAACGUGAAGCCGUUCUCCAUCAACCUCGCCCUGACUCCUGGAGCCGGAGGCUACAGCAGGGCCAAAGUGGUGGCCACCAUCCUGAACACCUUCAUGGCCUCGGCAGACCAAACCAUCGGGCCCCAGCACGUCCCCUACGACUACGCGAUCUGCAAGGGCCGCAGGAAGAUCAUAGACCCUGACGAGCAACAGUUUUUUAUCGCCGAGGCAAAGGGCAUCUGGAACAAAAUGAAGGACGUCAGAGAGAAAUCAAAGCAGGCCUACUACAUGCCUCACGACGGUUACCUGAAGCUGUGGCAGCUCAGAGACCCGAAGCCCUGCCUGACGGAACGAUAUGACGCCAUUUUUAUCGACGAGGCUCAGGACUGCACACCAGCCAUCAUGGACGUGCUGCUGGCCCAGCGCUGCGGGAAGAUCCUGGUGGGAGACCCCCACCAGCAGAUCUACACCUUCAAAGGAGCAGUCAACGCCCUGCGUGCGGUUCACCACACACACAUCUUCUACCUCACUCAGAGCUUUCGGUUCGGAGCGGAGAUCGCCUUCGUGGGCGCAGCCAUCCUGAAAGUCUGCAAGGGGGUCAAGAAGAUUCUGGUUGGAGGAAUGCAGAAAAGUGGUGUGUGUGAUGAGACGGCAGAAAAAGCCCUGGAGGCCAUGAAGAAAGGCGAGAGCUGCAGCCGGGGGAAAAUCGGCGUCCUGUCUCGGUGUAACCUGGGCGUCUUUAAGGGCGCCGUCCAGCUUACGGACGCCAACCAGCAGUGCCGGAUCCACUUCAUCGGCGGAGUCAAAAACAUUGGGCUGGAGAAGAUCAUGGACAUCUACCAUCUGAUGACUCAUGGGGGGCAGGAAUCCAAAAGAAGAGCCAUCAAAGACCCCCUCAUCCGGACGUUUUUCUCAAGCAAGAGGGACCCCUACUUGACCUUUAAGGAGUACAUCAUCCAAACCGAAGACAAGGAGCUGGACGGGAAGCUCAGCAUCGUGGAGAAAUACAGAGAGCGCAUCCCAGAGCUGGUGGCCCGACUCAAGGCGUGCGCAGAGACCGACUUCCACCAAGCAGACUUUAUUGUUGGAACUGUCCACAAGGCCAAAGGUCUGGAGUUCAACACUGUGAUCGUCACUGAUGAUUUCGUCACCGUCCCCGCUUCUGGCCACAACUUGUGCCGCAUUCAAGACUUCUCUUUUUCUAAGAUUCCAGAUGAUGAGUGGAACCUGCUGUAUGUGGCGGUGACUCGUGCCAUGUCCUCCCUGGUUAUAACUAAAAACAUCCUCCGGAUUCUCACUGUGGCUGGGGAAUACUUCCUCAAGUCGAAGAUGCCCAGCUCUCUGGCGGCGGGCGGCGGUCCUCUGCCGUGCUCCAUCUCAGAAUGUCCCAACUGCGUCACACCUGGCUCAGCGUUCGUCAUGGCCAGACAAAAGAUGCAGUGUACCGAAUGCGUGACUAACGAGGGCCCGCUGUGUGAGAGGUGCGUGUGGACCCGCAUCGGCCCCACGGCCUUCCUCAUGACCGACGACGUCCUCUCCAUGGCGGAAAUCCCACAGCAGCUCCACGUUCCCAUCCACCAUCCGUUUUUCCUGGAGCUAUUUUUUUGAUUUUGUCUCCCAGGAGCGGAUAUUAAAAACAAACUUCUAUGCAAUACGCUUGAAAAACCAGAAUUGGAUGACUGUGAUGAGUGUGUGAGCAAGAUUCAUGUUUGUUUCACCAGAGACACAGAACUAAUGGUAAGUUUUAACUUUCCCAAAAAAAGGAGAUUUUACCUUCUUCCUACAAUUCUGUUAAGUUAAUACAGUGUUGUGUGUUUUGUAACAUAUACUUGAAAAUUAAAUUUUCGUUUUCUCUCAA